AUGUGGACACCUACGAUCGCUUUGCUUUUCAUGUGUUCUCAUUGUUUUGUGCGUAGCCUCGACUUCAAUGUAAUCCGAUCCUCUAAAGAAGCAAUGGAUCCAUUGGAACAGGUGAGAGCACCUGCAGUGGAGUGACCAGUGAUGACCAGGCUACGUUUUGCAGCUGUGUGGAUUCAAGUGUUUCAAGUGUCAUUCAAGUGUCUCUUUUUUCAGAUUGAAAUAGGCCAAUUAUUUUGUUCGUAAUACAGGUGCAGCCGCUAAAUGGAACGGUGGCCAUACAGAAUAAUGUGAACACGCGUCGCAGGGCAGAUACAUCUUCUAAUCGCCAUCACACCAGGUCAUCUUGCCCUGAUCAAGAAUGCAGUCCGUCAACAGUGAGUUGAGUUGAGUGUGUGUGUGUGUGUGUGAGAGAUCUAGAGAGAUAAGAAAGAAGGGAUCUGAGACUGUAAUCACUAGGUAGUCCAAUUAAUUCCGAAAUAAAUAAUAGAAUAUGUUUCUAAACACUUCUACAUUAAUGUGGAUGCUAAUAUGAUUAUGGAUAGUCCUGAAUGAAUCAUGAAUAAUGAUGAGUGAGAAAGUUACAAAGGCAUAAAUAUAUUGCGAGUAAAGUACAUGACGGAUAUAAAAUGUGAUGACAGGCCUGAUGGAAACAGAACAUUUUUCGGUAAACUUUCCAAAUGUUGACAAAACAAAAUACGCUAGACAAUGGAUCCUAUUUCUGUUACUAAAACGAAUUAUGCCAGAAAUGUUGGUGGAAAUGAUAUUAUGUGCAAAUAUUGAUAUAAUAACCAUCAUAUCGAAGUAAAUUUGGAGUCACGUGAUGACAUGUGUGUUCCUCCCACUACGACUCCUCGGGAAAGUAUGCAGUUUAUUAAACUACAGAUUAAAGGUUAGGAUGAACUUCACAAGGUGGUGAAAGUGCAAGGUGAUGAGCUUGAUGCUUCGUUCCAAUAAAUAUCGAGAGUCACAUUCUGGUGACAUGAUCAUCGAUGCUUGGCUGCCGUUCGACAAAUAAAAGAAUAAGCUAUUUUGUCCAUAAUAAUCUCAUCAUGUAGGCUAUACGUGUAUCUGCGCGCUGUUGGCUAGAGUUGGCACACUUGCUAUAUAACAUAACUUUUUUUGUGAGAAAACCAUCAGUAGAGUUGAAAAUGCAAUGGAAACCCCUUUAACUUGUAUUUUUAAUUCGGUACAUGGGUACAUGGAACAAGUCAAUUUGAUGGAAGCACAUCUCUGGAGGGAAAAUGAGCAUACUGUUUUUAUCCGGAUUUUUGAAUAUUCACAUGAAAACCUAGCUACCGUCCCAAUACUUUUGGAGCUCACUGUUUAUGGUGUGACCUUAUGUGCUAAAUUACCUCUUAAUUAAAAACUGAAAGCGGCUAUCUGCAAAUCAAGGGAUGGGGCUGGAGAAAUGUAACCACUCUCAAAUUCAUAGACAAAGCUAUAUGUAAGUACUGACAUCCAUGAGAUCAAAAUUAUUGUUUUAACCAUGUUCAGGCUACACAGUGUUUGUUUACAAUUACAUCGUUUACAAACAACAGAGUAAAUAAAACAAGCUUCCAUGUUGGGUUCUGCUGGGGUACAACAGUUAAACAAAAUUCAGGAUGCAUUUAUGUUAUAUUCUCCGUAUCACAGGAGGUUGGUGGCACCUUAAUUGGGGAGGACGGGCUCGUGGUAAUGGCUGAAGCGGAUGUGUUUCUAUGGUUUCUGUGUGUUUGAUGCCAUUCCAUUAGCUCCGUUCCAGCUAUUAUUAUGAGCCGUCCUCCCCUCAGCAGCCUCCACUGUCUUCAAUAAUAAAUUAUUACGUAAUGAAUUCCAAAAGUCCAAAAUGUACCAAUCACAAAGGUGCCCUUUUAAACAGAACUGCUAACAUUACAUUGUUUAAUUGUGCUGCUGACUGUCAUGUGUAAGUGGUAAUGAAGUUCCUAUAUCUACACAGGGAAAUACCUGCAAUGGAUCUCAGAAAAAGAACCAGAAUAAGGAAAUAAUUGCUCCUGAUGAUGACGAAAACAUAAGGAAAGGUAAGAAAACUUAGAAAAUGAUAGCCUGGUCCCAAACUGUGUGUGCUGCCUCCAACUCUUGCAGCUCUGCAUGUCUGAGUGUGGUGCUAACUGUCCUGUUCCCUCUCCAGUGGCAGAGAUGGCAACAUGCGUGCGCUCUGGAGACUGUGAGGCAGGGCUGUGCUGCGUCCGCUAUUUAACAGGGAAAAGAUGUCAACGCAUCCCAAAGGAGGGAGAGGCCUGCCUCCUGGGAGGACGCUCUAAAUUGCGUAGAAAUCUUGAGCGCUGCAACUGUGCACGCGGGCUAACCUGUCGUGCCCAGGAUGAAAGCCCCAAAAAACCAAGGAGUUUGUCUACCCAAACUGAGAAAGAACAUGAGGAGGGCUAG